AUGCAGUGCUUCAGCUUCAUUAAAACCAUGAUGAUCCUCUUCAAUUUCCUCAUCUUUCUGUGUGGUGUCGCCCUGUUGGCCGUGGGCAUCUGGGUGUCAGUCGAUGGGCCGUCCUUCCUGAAGAUCUUCGGGCCGCUGUCGUCCAGUGCCGUGCAGUUUGUCAACGUGGGCUACCUCCUCAUCGCUGCGGGCGCAGUGCUCUUUGCUCUCGGUUUCCUGGGCUGCUACGGUGCUCAGACUGAGAACAAGUGUGCCCUCAUGAUGUUCUUCUUGAUCCUCCUCCUCAUCUUCAUCGCAGAGGUGGCAGGAGCUGUGGUUGCCCUGGUGUACACCACCAUGGCUGAGCACUUCCUAACCUUGCUGGUAGUGUCCUCCAUCAAGCAUGACUACGGUUCCCAGAAGGAUUUCACCCAAGUGUGGAACACCACCAUGGAUGGGCUCAAGUGCUGUGGCUUCAACAACUACACGGACUUUGAGGACUCUCCCUACUUCAUGAAGAACAACGGUACCUUUCCCCUGUACUGUUGCUCCGACAAUGACAAUGGCAAUGGCACAGCCCCAGGACCCUGCACCGAGGAGAAGGCAAAGGAGGAGAAUGUACAGGGUUGUUUCAGUCAGCUUCUGCAUGAUAUCCAAACCAACGCAGUCACCGUGGGUGGUGUGGCAGCCGGAAUUGGAGGCUUGGAGCUGGCUGCCAUGAUUGUGUCCAUGUAUCUGUACUGCAAUCUGAAAUAAGUCUGCUUCUGCCUCCGCCACCGCCUGCUGCCACCUAAGAACUGGGGAGAGGCACCCUGGUGCUGCCACGCGGCAGUGACUGGGGUGGGGACAGUAUCCAACGGUGUCACUUGGGCCAGAGUGGGCUGCCCUUGCUGCUCUGGACUUGGGGCCAAAUAGGGGAUGGCCCCCUUCAGGCUGUGCCUGACUUUUCCUUCUAUGGGUGGGGUCGGGGUCAGAACCUCUAAGGCAGCCGGUUCGCCUGCCCACGCUUCCAGUCUGUCCCUCAAACCCUUGGCAGCCCCUCCGGCCCAGGGGUGCUCUUGGUGACCCCAGCAGGCCUCUGGGGGAUGAGAGAACGACACCCUAUCACGCAGGCACAUGUAAAAUCAGCAGGCACCGACAGAGAGGUAGAAGGCACUUCAGAACUCAUUACCCAAUUAAAAUGUCUUCAUU